AUUACGCAUCCAUUUUGUUUUACUGUUUGGAAAAAAAUUACAGAACAUGGAGGUUAAAUCAUACAAUCUAACGGCAUUAUUAAAAUGAGUUCAUUGAUCUAAAACCUAAGAAAAUGAAGAUCGGCCAUUCCUUACUGAUUCUGAUGGUUUUAUUUUACAAUGAGGUUUCAGCAUUCACCAAAUGUCAAUCCUCCAUAAGUUCUGUAAGAUAUGUCAGCCAUUGUCCCGGAGACGCUCUUUCCUGGCAUAUGGCAGCGAGCAAAAUGAAUUGUGACUAUAUUGAACAGGAGUGUUCAAAGUCUUUGGGCUUAGAUUCUCAAAGAUACACUUUCCAGUACCACUGUCUGAUAAAUUCCUGGAUGAAUGCCACUGUAGAAGUGUGUGCUCUGAACCGUUCCAUUCUAGGCUACUGUGCAGAGUUCAAUACAGAUGGAGCUUUGAUACAGGAAAACUAUCAUGCCGAUUGUAGAAAAUUUAAUUUGCCAUGUCCAAAUAUCUACAAUUCAGCAGAGGCUUAUAAAUAUCAGUCCUGCUAUGAUUUGGUGUACAAUAGGCGAUUUCUUUCACCCAAUUCCUCCCAAGAAAGAUUGUUGACAACAUACCUGCUCGUGCUUUGUUUGGUUUUGCUUAGAUAUGUCUAACUGGAUCGAAACUGUUACUUCAAAUUUACCCAAUAUGAGUAUGAUUGGAUUUAUAAUGUGUGAAAUGAUGCAUUAUCAGAUAGAUUAAGCUGAUCACGUUUGUGCUUUUUGGUGGUAGAUAUUGUUACUUAAUAUUUUGUUUGUAAAGAAAAUACUAAUGGGCCAAUGAGGACGUACAGUACAUGCAUUCCUUUUCAAUCAUGUUCUAGAUCAAGAGAAUACAAAUAAUACUUUGAUGUCACCUGCUUAAGCUUUAUUCAUCUGGAAUUAAAUGAGUUGAGGAAAAAGAUUUUUUGAACGAGUAUUAACUUUGCAAAGCAAGGCAAAUAUUGAGACAAAAGAAUAAUGUUAAUAACUUGGUAUCAAAUAUUACAUGUCCAUAUCUAAUUAUAUAUACAUUUUUAUUGUUUCCUUAAAGAUUAAUGCAGUUAGGUUGCCUUUAAUUUUUCAGGUUUAGUGAUAAUUCUUUGCAUCAAAAUAAUUAUUGAUAUUAUAUGUAACUUUCAAAGAUCCUUAGAAUGAUAUAAUAAAUUGUUGGCUCUAAAGCCAUCUGACACAUUGAGUUGUUUUUAAAGUUUUAGUAUUGUAUAGUCAUAUCAAUCAGUCACUGUCAUAUUGGCGAUUAUUUGUUUUGUUUUAUUGGGGGCGUGGGUAAACAGAUAGUGACACACUUAAAUGCACCAAUAUUCAUCAAAUGGUAAUUCUAUACAUACCAAUACACUUGCUUUCUUUUAGAGGAGGUAUAUUCACGUUGGAAUUUCUUAAUUUCGGAACAAACAUGUACAGUUUUAUACGUUUAUACAAAACAAGAAUAUAAAUAAUCGUCUGUAUAUGGGUGAUUUUGGAUUCUUCCUCUUAACUUAUUUAUAAUAUAUUAAAAUCUGAGUAUAAGUAUAUUGGUUUUCCAAUUGAGGAAAUAGUUCCUUUUCCUUUUCCGUAUACAUUUUACACCAGUGUUCAUAUCAAUUAUAUUUCAAGUAAUUACACCGCGAUAUAGAUGAAGAUAUCUGUAUUUCUUCAUAUAUCAACUCAUUUUAUUGUUACAAAUACGUUGAAAUAUAUAUCAUCCAAAGUACAUUUUAUUUACUUCUAAAUUACAUAUAUAUAAUAGGCAUUUUGUUAUUGUACAAUGUAAAUUUAUUCUGUAUAUUAUCAUUUAUAAUAUAAUGACAGAUAAACAUCAUAUUUUAAGACUUCAUUAAGAAAAGAUCCCUACAUCGAAACUUUGUAUGUUUAAAAUAAAAUGGUAAUA